GAAGUCCGGGGUCCCGGUUAUUAAGGAGGUGGUCCCCACGCGGGUCGGUGGGGCUGCUCGGGUUGGAAUGGUGUGAGUCGCUAUGGGGUCCUUUAAUGCCGUCAGCAGCUUGACCCACUCUUGGAAGCUGCCCGCCUCGAGUCUCAGCCAGUUUUCCAGACUCUCUCCGGAGAGGAUCGGUUUUCCAGGCUCCCCGGAGCGUGGGCGGAAGAGCGGCGCGAAGCUCGCAGGUUCCCACGGGGAGACUUGCGAAGCCCAGGUGUCCUCGCACUGUACCGGAUGUUUGCUCUCCGAAGGGUUCUGCGGUUUAAGAAUUACUUGGGAGAGCUUUAAAAGCCCUCUGUGUACACUGUCGGAGCCGAGCGAUUGUGUUCAGGAACAGGUAUUAAGAUCAUUUUUAACGAUCAUUAAUCGCCAUUGGCUGGGGGAAGAUGUAACCCUGCUGCCCAAGGUCACACAGCUGGCUUGUGGCCUGGAGCAUCAGAAGUCUUAGUUAACUCGCUUUCAGCCAUUCUGAAAAAGUAGGUUAGGGUCAGAUCCUUAGUCCAGUCCUGCAGAUUUAGGACUGUUUGGAAACAGGCAGCAAUUUCUGACCCCACCCGAACAAAAGAUUCUCCCGUUGGAAAAAGAACGACUGAUUGCCUCACUUUUCAUAAACUGCAAGAGUCUCAUGCCUGCGGGAUGGGCACAGGAAUUCGGUCAGAGGGCAUGUGGGAGUAGAAGGACGGCAAAAUGGAGAAAAUGUAGAAAGAGAAAUGGAUUCUCGCUCCAGCCCACCUCCUGAACAUGGAGUCAACAUACAGCCUGAACUGGCCUGGACCUCAUUAGCUACCAGAGAUAGCCUUGAACUUGUGAUCUUCCUGUCUCUGCCACUGUGCCCCCUAGUACUGGGAUUGUGAGAAGCCUCACCAUCAGGCCUAGCUUGGCCUCCUCUCUAUAGAAAAUAGGUUCGGUAGCCCGAGGCUAAUCCUAGCUGAAGAAAGAGAACCACGAAUCUGAGGCCAGCCUGGAAUGCAUGCCAAGAUCUUUUAAUUUAAAGUAAUAAUAGCUGUGCUUGAAGUUUCCAAUUUCUUAAGCUAAAAAUCUGGAUUUUUUUUUCCUCCACCCAUAAUGUAACAUUUCUCCAGUUUUCUCAGAUAUCAGCCUGAUGACGUUUUUUCUCGAGAACACCACUGUUUUGUCUUUUUAAUGAGGUACAGUGGUAAUGAGGGCAGAAGCAUUAGGAAAUGUGCUUAAGCAAAAGACGUUCCGCUUCUAACCCUCUGUUCACUCUUCCCUCUGCUGUUUGAAGAGAAGCUGUUUGUCCGACUCUCACAGGGCUCCAGAUUCAGGCAUCUCUGCCACAUAACCCACUAAACUGACA